AUGACAGAAGGAAAAAUACUUCACUCGCAGUUGUUAUUCAACAAGAAUAUGUGUGGCGGGAAUGUUCACCAUAAAAAACCGAUGAUGUACAACGUAUCCCUGCCUUCCUACAACAGCAGUAGUAUAGGCCCACUCGAUAACUUGAAAAAUAACGAGAGAGCAGGCUCUCACGAUCAUUCCAUGCGAAGUGAAAUGUCAUCUAAGAAUUCCGGAAGCGAGUUUAUGCCACAAUCAAUUUCACGCGCGGAAGGUAGCGUCUACCAGAUGAAGAUGGAAGGAGAUGGCUCUCCAAAUAUGACAAGAUUUGAUUUUAAAGUUAAUGCAAGAGAUCUGCUGUUACUCCGAAUGUCAUGGGAUAUCCUCCUCAAGGAGUAUUUAACACCUCAGGAACUAAAAGUUUUUCAGGCACUUUUAUAUUCCAAUAAAAAUACUACUUCAACAGAAAGACCCUAUUUAAAUACUACUCUUGAUGGUAUGAUUUCCAACACUAUUGAUCCUACCGUUAGACUACGUAAAAGUAAACAGAAGGAUAAUGACAGCAAAGUUGAUACUGCGUUAUUUUGUUCACAAUUUUAUGACAAUUUGAUUGCAAUGGACCCCUUGUUGGAAGAAUAUUUUCCAUCAUUAAAACACCAAGCAGUUUCGUUCUGCAAGGUCCUUAAUUCUGCUAUUGACAACCUCGAAAAUGUUCAUGUUCUAGAUGAUUACAUUGUGAAAUUGGGAAAACGCCAUUCCAGAAUUCUCGGCAUUAAAACCGUAGGAUUCGAGGUGAUGGGAAAAGCGUUCAUGACUACAUUACAAGACAGGUUUGGAUCUUUUCUCACAUUAGAACUCAAGAAUCUUUGGGGCCAGCUUUACUCAUAUUUGGCGAAUUGUAUGAUUACCGCGGGGAAGGACCCAAUGGAAAAAAUUGAACCAGACUUUUCAUACAAUGGUGAUUCUGUAGUCUUAAAUUUUUCCAUUCCUAAGCUUGCAAAGCAUGAUAUAAGUACGAUUAACAAGCUACAAUUGGUGAAAACCAAAAACGCCAUCAUACCCGAUAACUUAACACAAGUACCAACGAAUAAAACUCGUUCGGAAAUACUCCUGGAAAGUUCGUCCACCCAAAUAAAAGGCGACCGUGCAUUAACGCCACCAAUUACGCCAAAGGGCUCUGGAAGUACAAAACCUAGUAUUGGCAGCAGUACUGUCGUGGAAAGUACCACCAAGAAAAAUAGUUAUGAUGAAAAAAUUUACUUAUUACAAAAAACUGCUCAGCAGAAGAACUGCUCGAUUAUGUAA